UCCACUUCACUAGGGUCAGCUCCUGCAGAGGGAGAGGAUUUUUACCUGCACUGAGCUCUCCACCUGGCUCAGGCGUGGGAAGAGAGGCAAGAACAGGCAGGAGAAGGCAGUGUCCUGGAGCAGCAUGGCAUCUCUGCUGGACCUAGCCAGACCUUCUGCUGUCGUCCUGCAGCUGUCUGUGCUGCUUGCUGUAAUCUUUGUGCUGCUGAAGGUGCUCCAGUUGUACCAGGAAAGGAAGAAACUCAUCAAAGCUCUGGAGGCAUUCCCUGGCCCCCCAAAACACUGGCUCUAUGGCCACAAUCACCUGAUAGGUUCUAAAAACUUCUUAGACCAGAUAGUGUCAUGGGGGGAAGAAUAUCCCUAUGCCUUUCCCAGAUGGUUUGGACCACUCCUGCCUUCUCUAAUCAUCCACCAUCCUGAAUAUGCCAAAAGCCUACUUGGCCGAACAGAUCCCAAGGCUAGUAUACCCUACAAAUUCCUAAUUCCCUGGAUUGGGGAGGGGCUGCUGAUCUUGGAAGGAGGCAAAUGGUUCCAGCACAGGAAGAUGCUGACCCCAGCCUUUCAUUACGAUGUGCUGAAAUCUUACGUCACCCUGAUGUCAGACUCAGUCAAAGUGAUGCUGGAUAAAUGGGACAAGAAGAUCAUGGAGAGGAAGUCAGUGGAACUCUUUCAAGACGUCAGCUUGAUGACCCUAGACAUCAUCAUGAAGUGUGCCUUCAGUUGUAAUUCCAACUGUCAGACUCAGAGCGACUCCCACUAUUAUAUUAGAGCUGUUUUUGACCUGACCUACCUCCUGAGCAAUAGAAUCCAGUCUUUUUCCUUCAAGGAUGUCUUCUACAACUUGACUAGCAAAGGCCGUGAGUUUCAGGAUGCCUGCAAGCUGGCCCAUUCCCACACAGAUCAGGUAAUACAAGAAAGAAAGCUGUUGCUCUCCAAUGAGAAGGAACUUGACAAGAUCCAGAAGAAGAGGCACCUGGAUUUUCUGGACAUUCUUCUUUGUAGCAAGGAUGCAAAUGGAGCUGGACUGUCCGAUGAGGACCUGCGUGCCGAGGUGGACACCUUCAUGUUUGAGGGUCACGAUACCACGGCCAGUGGCAUCUCCUGGCUCUUCUACUGCAUGUCACUGCAUCCAGAGCACCAGCAACGGUGCAGGGAGGAGAUCCAGGGCAUCCUGGGGGACCGAGAUACCAUUGAGUGGGAGGACCUUGGGAAGAUGACCUACACCACGAUGUGCAUCAAAGAGAGCUUACGCCUAUUCCCACCCGUUCCUGCUGUGUCCCGACAGCUCUCCAAACCCAUCACAUUUCCUGAUGGACGCAGCUUGCCAGCAGGCUGCCAGGCUGGAGUGAACAUAUUUGCUAUUCACAGGAACAGGGAUGUGUGGGAGGACCCCGAGGUUUAUGAUCCCCUAAGGUUUUCUCCAGAGAACUCAUCACAGAGGCACUCCCAUGCUUUCCUGGCUUUCUCUGCUGGAUCCAGGAACUGCAUCGGGCAGCAGUUUGCCAUGAACGAGAUGAAGGUGGCGCUGGCUCUGACCCUGCUGCGCUUCGAGCUCUACCCGGACGCAUCCAAGCUUCCCAUAAUGCUACCACAGGUGAUCCUCAGGUCCAGCAACGGGAUACACCUGCGUUUGAAGAAGAUUUUCUGAUCCCACAGUGUACCAUGGCAGGGAGGCAAGAGCCCCCUGCAAGAGACACCCUCCACUGUGGAUACUAAAUGCAAAAAGCAGGCAGGAAACAGAGCAUGUGUGAAACUAAGUCACACA